UUUUUCCUUCCCAUUUCUUGAAAUCCUUUAAGCCAAUUUCUUGCUGUUAAAAUGCAUUGGGGUUAAGGUGUUGUACUGUCCGAUGUGUGGUGUAUAGAAAGCUAUAGCAUGUGAAGAGUGUGCUAACGCGGUCCUAUUUCUGAUGUGACAAGAUGAGGAGUCUUUGCCGCAGCGCGUGUAUUUAUUUUCAUUGUUUGUGAGAAAGCGCAUGGUAUGGAGAAACAAAGUAUCACCUGCAACAAUACAGUUACUAAAACUUCAAAUAGUAUCCGGUGGUGUGCAUCUUGGAAAUAACGAACUGUAGGGCUGUCAUGAUAACGUUUUCCACGUAACUUUUUCAACUUUCCGUAACUGAUGUUUCUCAAAGAUAAGAAAACGCGUAGGCAUAGCAACAUGCCCUGAGCUUGAGAAUAUGUAGCAGCAAAGCACCAUGCUGAUUAUUCAAAGUAGGUAGACCUAGUUGUUGUGUGCUAUUUUGUUACUUCUAUUUCAUCGCCAUAUUACAGGCUGGUCCAUUCAAUAGUUCAGGUGCAUUUUAACCAUGGCCUGAUCAUUUUGCUUCUAAUUUGUGUGGAGAACUUUAUUAUCAGUGUACAAGUCACGUUUGGGGCAGAGGACAAUUGCAGUCUCACACAUCUAUGUCGUGGGCUAUUUCUCAAAGUUACCAGCACCAGCCCGGAUUACCAAAAUAGCUUUACUAAUAAGCCAUGGAUAACACCAAUUUUGGAGCAAAGUCCAACUCGAUUCAAAAUGAAGGGAGCGCUUUGUGACGCGUGCAACGCUUGAACCCGGGAAGACCCUCACCUUCCAAGGCCUGUGAAGACGAGAUAGGAGAGAGGACACACAAAAAAAGCCAGUGACUGUCCACACACAACAAAACAACAAAACAACAACAACAACAACAACAACAAAAAUAAAAAUAAACAAAAGGAACGGGAACGAAAAAAAACAGAAGAAGGAAAAUCAAAAGAAAAGAAACCUCAGAAGAGAAGGAAGAGGAAAAGAGGAGGGGAAAAAAGUUCAGAAGAAGAGGAGCCAUACAAACAGAAGGAACCCAACCAACAAUGGAAUAAAUCCGUAUCCAGCAUGGGAGCGAAAUAAUAAAAAAAUAAGGAUAGCAGAGACGCAGGGGCAAGGGCUUUUGGAUAUUGUGCCUACUUCAGUAUCUGCCACGUCGUGAAAAGCCCCACUGAUAAUGCUCUAACCCGAUGCACAGGAGAGAUAUGGUGCGGAAAAAGAACCCCCCUUUGAGGAGCGUGGGCGGAGAGGAGGAGGGCGAGGGAGGAGGCGCGGAGGAGGCGCUGGCGUCGGAGGCCAGCGGGCCCGAGAGCGAGGAGGCGGACGGAGGAGGUGGCGGCAGACCGGCCGAGCCCAGCAGCGCAUUGGGUGACGGCAACGGCAACGGCAACGAGCUACCGGGGCACCACCACCAUCACCAUCACCACCACCACCACCGGGCCGACGAGCCUGACACGGGAGACGAACCCGAGGAGCCCGCCGGGAGACGCGCCUCCCCUGGAGGAGGCAACAAGCGCUCCUGGAGGGGAGCAGGACGAGGUGGUGGAGGUGGUGGUGGUGAGGUAGGAGGACCCAGAGACAAGGCUGGGUUCCAUUAUGCCGUGGCGGGGCAGAAGAAAGGAGGCGAGGAUGGCGUCAUGGACACCAGGCUGCUGAUCCUCACGUCGUCCUCACGGGGUCCACCCGACGACGGGGACACGGAAGGAGUUCGGGACGGCUCGGUGUCUCCCUCUAUGCAGUUUGAGGAGAGAGACCAGGGGGUUGCGGACAUGGGCAUGGAUCUGCGAGAAGGCAGGGAGCUGUCGUCGUCGAUGGGCAUGGCGACCGCCGCUGCCACUGCCGCUGCCAACUACAGGCUGGAGGCCUGGCAGCGGAUGGGGGGAGGGGUGAUCGUGCAGGGCUGUGCCACCAACGGGCAGGACGGCCUCAACUCGGCCACCCACAGCCCAGAGCUGGGCUACGACGGCGAGAUGCCCCCUCUCCGCUCCUCCUCCUCCCUGCACCUCCACCUGCAUAGGAACAGCGACGGCAGCAACAGCAUGCCCACUGCCUUGGCACUGCUCGGGGGCAGCGAGGGCACCGGCACCAGCACCAGCCCCCCGCUGCCGCACCCCCCCUCGUCCUCCUCGCCUAAGCUGCAGGACUUCAAGUGCAACAUCUGCGGCUACGGUUACUACGGCAACGACCCCACCGACCUGAUCAAACACUUCCGCAAGUACCACCUGGGGCUGCACAACCGCACGCGGCAGGACGCCGAGCUGGACACCAAGAUCCUGGCGCUGCACAACAUGGUGCAGUUCUCUGCCCAGACGCAGGGCAAAGAGGCGGGUGCUGGGGGUGGCGCCGCUGGCGGGGGCGGUGGCAGGCUCUCGGGCCAGGCAGCGGGGCACGCCGGGGGAUUACCCGACCCCAGCUCCCCCAGGCCUGCACAGCUCAACGGCACGUAUGACGUGCAGGUGACGCUGGGUGGCACCUUCAUCGGCAUCGGCCGCAAGACGCCCGACUGCCAGGGCAACACCAAGUACUUCCGCUGCAAGUUCUGCAACUUCACCUACAUGGGCAACUCGGCCACGGAGCUGGAGCAGCACUUCCUGGCCACGCACCCCAACAAGAUGAGGAGCCCGCCCCCUCCUCCUCCUCCCCAGCAGCCGUCCCAUCACCCGGGGAGCGGGCAUCACGAGGAUGGCAGCAGCGCUAAGACGGAGCGCAAGAGCAACUGCGUGGUGGUGCGCGGCGGCGGCGGCAUCCUCCCGGGCAUGGACGAGCACGGGGGCAAGUGGGCGGACCGGGUGGCCGUGCGGGCGGAGGACGACUCGGUGGCGGGGUACUCGGUACCCAUCCGUCCUACAGACCCCGCCUCCUCCCCUUCCUCGGGCAGAACGAGUGGAGGUAGUGGCAGCGGUGCUUCAGACUCGGCGAUGGCGUCAGCAUCAGCAUCAGCAUCAGCGGCGGCCUACUACUGGUGCAAGUACUGCAGCUUCAGCUGCGAAGCCUCCAGCCAAAGUCGGCUGCUGGAGCACUACGAGAAGAGACACAGCACGCCCAACAGAGAAGAAGGCAGCCCAGCUGGAGGAGGAGGAGGAGGAGAGCGCAAGCAGCCCAGAGAUGGAGCAGAUGGAGGAGUCGUCUCCUCAGCCUUCCACACCCGGAGGAAAGACAAAGGAGCAAUAGCAGCAGCAGUAGGAGGAGGAGGAGGAGGAGGCGCAGCAGAGGCCGACGGGGUGGUGACCAGCUACAACUGCCAAUUCUGCGACUUCCGCUACUCCAUGAACCACGGUCCGGAGGUGAUCGUGGUGGCGCCGCUGCUGCGCCACUACCAGCGCGCGCACAGCAUCCACAAGUGCACCAUCAAGCACUGCCCCUUCUGCCCGCGUGGCCUCUGCAGCCCGGAGAAGCACCUGGGCGACAUCAGCUACCCCUUCGCCUGCCGCAAGACCUCCUGCUCGCACUGCGCCCUCCUCCUGCUCCAGCUCUCCCCCGGCAGCGGAGGAGGAGGAGGAGGGACCUCCUCUGCGCCCACGACCCCACCUCCACCUCGCGCCUCCGUCACGCACCUGUGCGACCAGUGCCCCUUCGCCACCACCGACAUCGACCUGCUGCUCGUGCACUACGACAGCGCGCACAUGCCGCACGGCGCGCACGACGUCAAGCCCGAGGAGGAAGGCGGAGGUGUUGAGAGAGAUCGGGAGCGGGAGAGGGAGCGGGAGCGGGGGGUCAAAGGGCAAGCUUCGCUGGCUGAGCACUCUUGCACCAAGUGCCACUUCUUCACAGAGGUGGAGGAGGAGAUCUUUCGCCACUACAGGAGGGUGCACGGCUGCUGCAAGUGUCGGCACUGCAGCUUCACGGCGGCCGACACGUCGAGCCUGCUGGAGCACUUUAACACGGCCCACUGCCCCGCCGACCCCGCUGCCCAGCCCCCCGGCGGUGCCGGCCGCCCCGGAUCUGGAGGAGGAGGACCCGGAGCCCCCACCAACGGCUGCUCGGCGCCCUCCACCCUCAGCAUCAAGGAGGAGAGCAAAGGCGACCUCAAGCUGUACAGCCUGGCGCCGCCCGAGGGCCGUCCGGCCGAGACGGGCCACCCUGGCCUGGGCCUGGGGAUGAUGAUGAUGAUGGGGCCCGAGACCGGGGUGAAGAGCGAGGCCCUGGAUGAGAAGGAGCACCUGACCCGCGGAGGUGGUGGAGGCGGCGGCGGAGGUCCACUUCCAGUUGGCGAUAAAGGCUGGGCUGAGGCGCUGGCCAGAGCCAGUGCGGCGGCGGCAGCAGCCGCGGCGGCAGCCAACAAUGCUGGGGACCAGGUGCAGAGCCUGGUGUGGGUGCCCAAGGAGCGGGCCGGGGAGAUUCUGCGCGGCAGUCCCUCGCAGUUCCCCCAGGGGGCGCUAGGCCUGCUGAACGCGGUGGCCGCCCAGCAGCAGCAUCACGAGCAGCAGAAAGCGGCGGCGGCAGCAGCAGCCGUGCUCAGGGACUCACCCGGCCUCGUGUUCAGCCUCAGCGCAGACGCCAAGGGCUUCCUACAGGCCCAGACCCCACCUGAGCGAGGAGGAGGGGGAGAAGAAGAAAGAGGCCGAGGAGGAGGAGGAAGAGGAGGAGGAGAAAGAGGCGAAAAGGGAGGAGGAGGUGGCAACGAGGUCAAGAGCUCCAAAGAAGAGUCGCAGUCGCUUCUACGGAGACGGCGAGGCUCCGGUGUGUUCUGUGCCAACUGUCUGACCACCAAGACCUCACUGUGGAGGAAGAACGCCAACGGAGGCUACGUGUGCAACGCGUGUGGCCUGUAUCAAAAACUGCACUCGACCCCCAGGCCGCUUAACAUCAUCAAGCAGAACAACGGCGAGCAGAUCAUCCGGCGUCGCACGCGGAAGCGACUGAACCCCGACACACUCCCGUCCGACGCCGUCAACUCCAAGCAGCAGCGGGGAGUCAAUAACGAGGAGCGUCUCAACGGCAGCCCCCUUGAGCGCCGCCCGGACGACCAGCAAGCCACUCCCACCGGCCACUCCGAGGGGGGGAUCGCCGCAGCGCUGCGCUCGGACGUGGCCGUGUCGCACGGCCCUCUGGGAAAAUACGAGGGCUAUGGCUCGGGUGCCACGGCCGGGGGGGUGAAAGGUCACCCGAGCCCGCGCUCCACCCACGCCUUCCUGGUCAACCAGACGCUGGAGAUCCAGAAGAGGAUGCCCCCGCUGCACCUCCACAAGAGCCCCUCGGACGGCGGGCCUCUGGGGGGGCCGGAGGGGAACGGCCUCACCCCCGGGUCCGACGGCACCGGCAAGGGGGGCUCCGAACGCGGCAGCCCCAUCGAGAAGUACAUGCGGCCCUCCAAGCAGGCCAGCUACUCCCCCCCGGGGAGCCCCAUCGAGAAGUACCAGUACCCCUUCUUCAGCCUGCCCUUCCUGCAGCACAACGACCUGCAGAGCGAGACGGACUGGCUGCGCUUCUGGACUAAGUACAAGAUGUCGGUGCCGGGCAACCCCCCGGUGCCCGGUGCGCACUACCUGGGCCCCGCGCUGCCGGGCCUGCCCACCCCGUGCCAAAGCUUCGUGCCUUACGCCCCCUUCGGGCUCACCCCGGCCCACUUCCCGCCUCCGCCGGUGGCAGCGCCCCAGCCCCAGCACCCUCCGCCUCCUCAUCCGUCCUCCGUCGCCGGGCCCGACAGCGACGCGCCGCUCGACCUGGCCAUCAAACAUUCCAAGCCCAGCCCCUCGGCGACGCCUAACGCCAACGGUGGUGGUGGUUCCACGACGGGAGGUUCCCCAGCAGCAGGCAUCCAUAUCGGCCUUGCCACGCCGCCGGGAAUCAACAUGUCCAUCGACAGAAGCAGAAGCAGCAGCAGCGGCAGCCUCUCGGAAAAGCGUUCCUCACCGGCCAUGGUGAACUUGGUGGAAAAGGACCGUGAGCAUCAGAAACAUCAGCAGCAGCAGCAUCAUCUGAAAGCAUCCAGCGAAAUGACAGCAGAGCAAGAGAACUCGUUGGUGUUGUCAAGGGCCCACCUGUCUCCGCUACCCCAGCAGCAGCAUCAGCAGCAGCAGCAGCAUCAGCAGCAGCAGCGUCAGCAGAGGCAUCAGCAGCAGCAGGCGCGAGUGGAGACGUCGGAGCAGGCCACGCAGGACGAGCUGUCCAGCAAGUGUGUACGCUGCGGCAUCCUCUUCCUGGACGAGGUCAUGUACGCGCUGCACAUGAGUUGCCACGGCGACGGCGGUCCCUUCCAGUGCAGCAUCUGCCUGCACGCCUGCGCCGACAAGUACGACUUCACCACGCACAUACAGCGCGGCCUGCACCGGCCGCCCGCCAGCGAGACGCCACCGCCGCAACCUGCGCCGACCGAGACGACGGAGACCACACAGACCCUGUCCAGCCCCUCAACCCCAACCCCAACCCUGGCGCCCCAGACGGAGACAGAGAUGGAGAUGGAGACGGAGACGGAGACUUCAGCCCCUAUGAGCCCUGCUCCUUCUCCUACUCCUCCUACUCCUCCUCCAGCCCCAGCUAGCCCCGUAGGAGAACCCCAAGGGAGCCCUGCACCGGGUGAGAGCAGCCCGGCGCAAGAGUGAGCACCAUCUGGUGGUGUGGAUGGUCAAUUACAUCCCAAAUAGAUAAAUUACUCUGCUCCCCCUCAUAUCACUCCCCUUCUGCAGCACAACAAGCAACAAUGAACUGUGGGGGAUGGGGACAUGGAGAUGAGAGUAGUUUUGGGUAAGGGGCGCACAUCCAAAGACACUUUUUGCAGGUGCCAGACAAAAGUGUCAGACAGUUGAAGCAGUAGGUCUGCACACUGCCUAUAAGCUCCAAAAGAAAACUUUAUUAAUUAAGAAGCAACGUUUCGAUCAUGAAGAUCCAGGGUGAUCGAAACGAUUGUAAAUAAUAAAGUUUAUGUUUUGGAGCUCAUUGGCAGUGUGAAGACCUACCUCAACAAUGGUUCACUAAACCAGGAAAAUGUCCUCCUAUUUUUUGAAACCAUCCCCACCCCAAACUCCCCACCAGCCUCUAGCUUGUGCUCCAGACUCGAUCCGUUGUACCCCUUCCCUUCCCUUCCCUUCCCUAGACUGAUAUCACUCACCCAAGCAGAGACUUUUAAGAAGCAGCCGGGGACCCACACACAUGUGCCAUGAUGGCUUGCGCUGCCAGUUUUUAUGCGGUGCCUAAAAAUGUCUUCAAAAUGGGAAAACGAGACAAAUCAGUCUUGGACAGCUGUUGGGAGUUAAAAAGAACAAAACAAAUGAACAAAGACAAAAAAGCUAUUUGCAUUUUUUUUUACAUUUCUAUGAAGAUACUGAUGGUUUUUAAUGACAUUGGUACAACCAAGUUUAAUUUUUUCCUCCUCAAUCCUCUCCCAGAAACAUAUAAAGCAGUUCAGCAAGUAAGGUACAUGAGCAAAUUAGUUUUUCAUUGUUUUUGUAGUUUUGUCUGUUUUUUUGUUUUUUUUACUUGAUUUGAACUUAAGUUACAUUUUAUUUUGAAUUCCCUUACAUUUCUCCAAGUUGGAGAAGUUGCUCAUUUAGAAGUUCUUGCUGUACCUCCAUUGACUCCAGGGCAGGGGGUAGGCUUCAUCUACAUGUAUAUGCAUUGAGGGCUCUUGUGGGGAUUUUGAGAGGAUGUGGAGGCAUAGUGUCAUGAUGGGUGUCCUGCAGUCGCCCCUAAGUCCCAUAAGCCACGGAAUAUACCUGUAGGUGAUGGUGUUAUCAUCAUGUCAUCAUCAUCAUUCAGAAUAACGAAGCGUCCUCAGGGAACGUGCAUGGCUGACAUCAUAAAUCCUUUUGGUUGUAAACCGUAGAUGCCAGUUAACAUAGUAUACUAAGUGUCCUACGUUUUAUCAUACAGUACAAUGUUCAUUUGUAGGAGGCAUUGGGGGGUUUGAAACGGGGUGUCUUUGGAGUGCUUGUUUUAUUUGUGGGCAUGAAAUGGGAGGCAUGGGGGGUGGGGGGAGGGUGGGGUCCUAGAUGUCCAUCAACACUUUAAGCUGCUGCCUUAGUUGCUGCGACGCAAAACUGAUAUCACUAGACAUUUGGGAAGGAAUACAAAGAAGAAGAAGAAGAAAAACACAAUAUAUUUUCUAAGAUGUUAAUAAGAAUAAUCAUUAUAUCAGUGCCUGAUAUAUUGUACAAAGUAUUUUCUACCUGGUUAUGUUGAUAUGCAGCAAUGACUUUGUUUUCAAGUCUGGAGUCUGUGAGCUAGGCUCCAAUAAACUGUUUACAUUUUGCAAAUGUAGCAAACUUGGUAAUGAAGCAAACACCUGCUAUUGUUACAUUUUUUAUUAUUUGUCCAUUUUAUUUUAAUAUUUUUUGAAUCCCUCAAGAACAAAAGAUGUAUGAUGAUGAAUGAUGUAUGCCUAGUUUUGCAAAGGUAGGAGCUUCGAGGAGCAGAGGAAGGACAUGGAUAUUAUUUUUUUAUUUUAGCUUAUGUAUUUGUGCACAGAUGCCUUCGCCACGCAUUUGUCCAUUCCAUGCAUGGUUUGUCUUUUAUUCUUUAUCUUAACUUACACACAACGAGACCUGCACAUACAGUACAUCAUGCACGCGUGGGUGCUUAAUGCACACACAGAGAGACGCAGAGACACAGACACAGACACACACACACACACACACACACACACACACACACACACACACACACACACACACACACACACACACACACACACACACACACACACACACACACUAACCCCAAUAGUUCUUUGUAAUAGAGCAACUCUUGUGGCAAUGGACCUCAACCUUUUCACACUCGUUAACCAUAAAAACACAAAAACAAACAUGAAACUAAGAAUUUCUCAAAAUCUGGUCAUUUUAUUAUUAUGAUUAUUGUUAUUAUUACUUCAUUCAGGAUAUGAACAAUAAGCUGCUCGUUUUAAUCCUUUCCCUGCAUCACUGACACAUUUCACGUUUCUACGCUCAUCAGCUCCUCCUUAUUGUUUAAUCCUCUGCUUUUGUUAAAUGUAAUUUUUUGUGAGUUUUGCCUUCGCCUCACAAAGAAAGAAGAGAAAACACUGAGAGAACUAAUUCUUUCCGUGGGCAUCUGGGGGACAAUGGAAGCGUUGUGCUCAGCCAAGACGUGCAGGUGUUGAGCAGGUGCCUUGUGCCACAAGACUGGCAGUUGGGUAAACACUACCCAUCUGCAAAUCUGGGGAUUUUUUUGGGUUUGAGGGGAGGACGUGUGUUUUCAGGCGAGAUGUAGAGGCUAAGUACAUAUCCGAGGACUUGUUGAUCGAACCAACAUGUGCAUGUUGCUAAAGUAAAGUAAAACAUAAAAAGGAAAAAUAAAUACAUACCGUACAUGGCCUGUUCACACCCUCAACAGAUAGGGAGAUGACUUUUGGUGUGUUUUACUGUUAGAGGCGCAUCUUCUCACCAGGCUAGGCUAGGCAGCCACUUGGGGCCCCUGGAUGGUGAAUAACAGCUCACACUUUGCUACAGUAGUGGCGAAUUUCAUUCAAAUAUUCACUCCUUUGACAUUUCGCUUGGGGUCCCAGCUGCACCUAGAGUCGCCUAUAGUUUUGGGCAUAAUAAGAAGAAAACACUGGCCUUGCCACAGCUCAGUGCCACACAAUAGUGAUUUCAGAUUCACACAUCUCUUCAUCUGUUGCCUCAAUGAGUGCACAACAUCCGUCACACAACCAGUGUUGCCAGAUGUGUCUGAUCAAAUCCCGCCCAAAAAACGCCAAAAUGCACUAAACUCCGCCCAAUUUCAAUAAAUUGCAUUGAUUUCUAUGGGCAUAAAACUGCAGAAAAAAAUGGCAAUUUUUUCCCGUUUUUACCCGCAGACGGGCAUCCCAAGCAGCCCAAUUGGGCGGGUAACCACCCACUCUGGCAACACUGCACACAACCUGCCAAUCACAUACUCUCUCAUCAAAUGUAAAAUAUCUGAUUUAAAUCAAUGUGCACAAGAUGCAAAAGCCUCUUUGAUUUUAUACUGAAUUGCUUUUUACACACACACACACACACACACACACACACACACACACACACACACCCUCCUGUAUGCACGUGCUUUGCCUGCUUUGCAAUGUGUUUACCCUCCGUUAGCCUUGUUUUUUAUGUGCGUGUGUGCGUGUGUGUGUGUGUGCGUGCGCGUGCAUGCGCAUGCGUGCGUGCGUGCGUGCGUGCGUGCGUGUGUGUGUGUGUGUGUGUGUGUGUGUGUGUGUGUGUGUGUUGAUGUCUUGGGAGUGCACACCCACUGCCCGCGAUGUUGCAUAAUUUAUAUGAAGUGGAGAGAGAGAUGGAUGGAGGAUGCUAUAGGAGAGAUGGACAGAUGAGCUUAGAGAAGGUGGAAAGAGAAAAAAAUGCAAAGCAAAGAAUUGACUUUGAGUAAAGUAGAGUUGUGUCCUGGAUUUCUCUGAGAGUUGUUUCUGAAGUACUGAGAGGUUUCAGAUAACUCAGUAUAGCCUUAUGAUGCUGCUUUACUGCAAAAUGCCUCCUCUUGGGAAAUACGAUUUAGUUUUUUUUUAAGGAUACAUUGAAUUAAUGAAGCAUUGUUUUUCUUUUCUUUUCUUUUCUUUUUCACAGGAGCAUUUAUACACGUAGUAGGUUAUUGAAUAACAAGGAAAAUCUUGCCUUUUUUUCUAAAACAACAAAAAGAUUGUGUAUUUGUCAUGAGAUGUCAUAGUUUAUUUUUUGCUCUCAUAUUUCAUCUGUUUUUGUUUUGGGUUUUUUUUUCGUUUCCAUGGAGUUUUUCGUUGUUUUUUGAAAAAAAAAUAUUGAAAUAUGUUAACGCUUGCACUUCAGUUAUCCAUUUUAUUGCCAAGGAAGAAUGACGACAUGUAAUUAGCAUGCUGCGUACAGGUACUGCAUCUUAAUCUAUUGACUUUUUUUCGUUUUCUAUUUUUAUUUUAUUUUUUAUGUAAGUGACCAUACAUAU